UAUUUAACCGUGCCAGGGGCUGAUAUCGUGCUGGGUUCGUAGCCUAGAGCUUUCUGUACGCCGCAGAGCAAUUCCCCCACCCACCCGUGGUCAUUUGUAACUUCCCAGCAGAGGCCGACCGAGAUCCAUUCCCCACAUCUUUUGGAGGCCACGCUGGGCCCAGCCGGAGGAAAUGACCUGCAUCCUCUGACGGAGGCUUUGAACCCAGCCGAGCCAGAUUCCCCUCUCUGGAAGGCAGCCUAUGCUGCAGACUUCGUGGCCAUUGAAGUUCCCAAACUUUCAACCACCAGACUUGGCAAAACGGCACAGAGGAGAAUGGGGGACGCCCCUCAACCACCCACACUAGAGGUGCCCAUAAGAGGCUGCAGAUAAGAUUUUCUCUGCCGGCCAUUGGAGGACAUGAGCUCUGAGGAGACACCAGCCAGAGAGAAGAGGCCUGUUGAGAUGGAUGGAGGGGAGGAACUUCUAAACACCUCCAGGCAGCUUCAUCCAGUGGGAACCUGGUCAGAGGAUUCUGGGAAGUCAUCGGGUUCUAGGUCUUCAGAUGGCUUCUGCUCAUCUCCAUCAGCCAAACCGGCUUUCAUUGGCUCACCUCAGGACCAAGAGCCAUCUUCCUUGAAGCCCGUUAGACGUUUCAUUCCUCCAUCUUGGAAGAACUUCUUCCACCGCUGGCAGAGACAGCCCUGGGCUGAGACUUCUCUCUUGACCUGCACUCCAGAAGACUUCAAGCACACCCAGUUUUCCGAGCACCCUCAAAGAGCCACCUUCGAUGGUGAGGGGAGCUCCACUGUCAAUGGGAACGAUUGUAAGGAACCCCUCUCAGUUUCUGCCACCCCCUUGGCACCUGGGAAGACGCUGACUGCUGUGAGCCAGGGUGCUUUGUCGAGUGGUCCACCCAGCUAUAAGGAGAAGUUGGAGGCCUACGACCACAAAUAUUCCUACAUGAAGUCGUGGCCUGGCCUCCUGAGGCUGAUGGCAGGCCUGGAGCUGAUCUUGGGAGGGAUGGUCUUUGCCUGCACAGCCGCUUACAUCCAGAAGGACUACCAGUGGUCGGCGCUUUAUGGUGGCAACUCUCUACCCUACAACGGUGUCUUGGGCGGAGGGUAUGGAUACAAUUACUAUGGCCCGAUGACCCCAUUUGUGCUGGUGGUGGUCAGCCUGGUGUGGCUGGUGACGGUGAUCUUGCUAGGCCUCGGGGUCACCAUGUACUACAGGACGAUCCUUCUUGAUUCCCACUGGUGGCCUCUGGCAGAGUUUGGCCUCAACCUCGUCAUGUCCCUCCUGUACAUGGCUGCUGCAAUCGCCUACGUCCAUGACGUCAACCGGGGCGGACUCUGCUACUCUGUGUUUGCCAACAACCCGCUCAUUGUUGCCUUGUGCCGAGUCGAAGGGGGGCAAGUGGCUGCCGUCGCCUUCCUCUUCCUCACCACGCUGCUCUAUCUGGUCGGCUCCCUCGUCUGUCUCAGGAUGUGGAAGCAUCAAGUUGUCCGGAAGAACGCAAGAGCUCUGGUUGGGCAAAUGAACUACGAGUCUCCCUCUCGCCUUGUCUCCUUCCCUUCGUCUCAGCGAAAGCCCAUCCUCUUACGAGGUGUGCCUCAGCAAGUUAUAGACCAGGAUGAAGUUAAUCCCACGGAGAAAGUUGCAAGACAUGUUGAGUUCUCGGAGAAGGGCGAGGACCCAGAGGUGUUCAACUUCGCCAUUCCGACAGGCCACCACCCCAAACCUCACAUCGUCCCGGACUAUGUGUCAAAGUACCCAGCCAUCGGAAGCAGGGAUGAGCGUGAAAAAUACAAAGCCGUCUUCAAUGACCAGUAUGCAGAAUACAAGGAGCUGUACGAUGAAGUCCGCACAGCGCUGGGAAAAUUCAAGGAACUGGAGGCGAUGCUCUCCAAGCUUCCUUGCCGCUAUCAGAACAAGGAGGAGGAAAGCCGGGUUUCCACUGUGUGGAGAGAUUACCAAAGCAAGAAGGAGGAACCGGCUUUCCUGGAGAAGCAGGAGCGCUGCAAAUAUCUCAAGAGGAAGCUCACCCACCUCAAGGCACAGAUACAAGCCUACGACCAGAAGACCAGCGAGGGCUCUGUAUACUUCUAAAGAGUGUGUGAAAAUGCCUCCUAGUUGCAUCUUUGACUUGGAGUUUCUGCUGCAAGGAAAUGAUAGCAUCCCUUGGGUGCUGGUUUAUUGUUUCGUUUUUUGUUUACAGGGGUGGUCAAGGUCUCCUCCUUGGUCUCUUGCAAAACCCCUGGACAUCCCACAAGGAGGAAUGGGGGCUGAACUGGUUAGCGUUCCUAAGCUUUUGCUCAAAAAUAAAAAAGUGAACACCUGCUCUGAGGUUUUCCAAAUAGGAUGACGAUUUCUGGGGAUCAUAGAAUUUGGAAGGUACCCCAAGGGUCAUCCAGUCCAACCCGCUGCAAUGCAAGGAUCUCCGCCGAAGCAUCCAUGACAGAUGGCCAUCGUAGCUCUGCUUAAAAACCUUCAAGGAAGGUAAGGUAAAAGGUACAGGACCCCUGGAUGGUUAAGUCCAGUCAAAGGUGACUAUGGGGUGAGGUGCUCAUCUUGCUUUUCAGGCAAAGGGAGCCGGCGUUUGUCCACAGAAAGCUUUCCGGGUCAUAUAACUAGCGGGACUAAACCGCUACUGGAGACUCCACAAGAGAGUCCAUUCCUGAGGGAGUCUGGUCCAUUGUCAGACAGCUCUUACUGUCAGAAAGUUCUUCCUGAUGUUUAGUGGGAAUCUCAAUUCUUGUAAUUUGAAGCCAUGGGUUCGAGUCCUACCCUCCGGAGCAGGAGAAAACAAGCUUGCUCCCUCUUCCAUGUGGCUUUCAUAUCUCCUCGCAGUCUCCUCUCUUCCAAGCUAAACAUCCCCAGCAACUUCAACUAUUCCUCAUCAUGCAUGGUUGCCUCCUCUGCACACCUCCCAGCUUGCCAAUAUCCUUCUUAAAUCAUGGCGCUCAGAACUGGGCGCAGUAUGUGAUUAAGAAGUAAGAGGACUAGCAUCUUUAUUUGUAGGGGCUUAGUUUUGAAGGGAAGGUUUGGCUGGCAUUUGUUAUGUUCAGGAAAGAGGCUGUCUCAGGAAUCGUGGGAAGGGCUAAAAGCUCAAAGCUGAAAGCUACCUUUCCAGCCUUUGGAAAACAGAAUGCUGCCACCUUCCUUGGCAGAGAGCCCUGGCAGGGGCCAUUCCUCCCCUGCCAAAAUUCUCUCUCCGUCUUCAAAGCUGGUGCCCCACAGAGAAGGCACAUUCCAGCCUUGAAGUCACAGAGCUUGGGGGGGGGAGGGAAUGAUCUUGGCAAAGGGCCUGGGGGGCCUCCUUCCUGAGCAAGGGGCCUCAGUCGGUGGAGCCCUGUUCCCAUGUUGGCUGUGAAGCCGCCAUUAUUAGGAGGGGGGAAUCCGCUGCAGUUUCAGACCUCUGAAUUUAUUAUUAUUAUUGUUGUUGUUGUUGUUGUUAUUAUUAUUAUUUCAUUACACUUUAAUGCAGGGGUCAGAAACCUUUUUCAGCCGUGGGCUGGUCCACCCAGACCUUGUGGGGGCCCGGACUAUAUUUUGGGGGGGUGUGUGAACAAAUUCCUAUGCCCCACAAAUAACCCAGAGAUGCUUAUUAAAUAAAAGGACACAUUCUACUCAUGUAAAAACACACUGAUUCCCAGACCAUCUGCAGGCUGGAUUGAGAAGGCAAUUGGGCCGCAUCCGGCCCCCGGGGCCUUAGUUUGCCUACCCCUGCUUUAAUGUAUUGGAAGCUGCCAACCUGCACCAUUCAGAAGGAUUCUAUAUCUCUUGUUUUUUAGCUGGGAUUCCCACAUGGCCAGGGGUUGGGAUAGAUGACCCUUGGGGGUCCCUUCCGACUCUACAGUUCUAUGAUUCUAUUUUGAGGUGGCCGGGCUCCCUCCAUUUUGGGGGGGCAUUCAGCUCUGCUCCUUGGCUCCUCGAGAUGUUGCGUGCCCCCCUCCCCAGUCCUCUGCCCACCAACAUCUCCAGGAGAGACCCCUGAGCUCAGAACCCUGGAGAUCUGCUUCCAGUCAGUGUGGGCAGCUCUGAGCCUCUGACUCAGUAGAAACCAGGUUCCCAGACGAAGCUUAGCUCGUGUUCUCAUGCAAAAGGCGUUGAGGCUGAGCACAACAAUAUCUGGGACGUGGCUAUUUCAGAGUGACUAACUGGGCUUAGAAGGGUCACGAAAGGUGUUAUAAAGAGAGACACCUUUCAUGAAACCUGGUUCCCCCCCCCCUUUUCUUUUUUUAUUUAAGGGAAGUAUAAGGCAAAUUUCUCCAACCGAUUUCGCAAACGUGUCUGUAGAGAACCUACGUUUUAAGAUUGUGUAAAAGGAUGCUAAGGGACGCGGGUGGCGCUGUGGUCUAAACCACUGAGCCUUGGACUUGCUGAUCAGAAGGUUGGCGGUUCGAAUCCCCGCGACGGGGUGAGCUCCCGUUGCUCAGUCAGUCCCAGCUCCUGCCAACCUAGCAGUUUGAAAGCACGUCAAAGUGCAAGUAGAUAAAUAGGUAUCGCUCCGGCGGGAAGGUAAACGGCGUUUCUGUGUGCUCCGGUUUCCGUCACGGUGUCUUGUUGCGCCAGAAGCGGCUUAGUCCUGCUGGCCACAUGACCUGGAAACUGUCUGCGGACAAACAGCGGCUCUCUCGGCCAGUAAAGCAAGAUGAGCGCCGCAACCCCAGAGUUGUCCACGACUGGACUUAAUGGUCAGGGGUCCCUUCACCUUUACCUUAAAAUGAUGCUAUGAAUUCAAUGCUAUGUAUAUUAUUGUGGUUUUUCUUGCAGAGACUGUAUUAAAUUUUAAUUAAUCAAUACAUUUGAAAAAAAAAUUAAAACAAAUACAAAAAAAUACAAAAGGUGAUGGGCACGGUUUGCUUUCUGUGUGGACUCCUUGCAGAGCAUCUGCUGUCACAGACACUCACACCGGAUUGUACUUAAUUCUUCAUAAUAUUAAUAACACUUUG